AUGACGGCGGUCGACGUGGCGCUGCGCCAAGCGGGCCUCGUGCGUGUGAUGGCCUCGUACCAAGAUGGUAUUCCUCUUGCACUCACGCGCCUCAGCUCCUUCUGGAAGCACCAAGUCACGUUUGCACCCGGCGGCUUCUUCAAUCUGGGCUUUAACUUUACCAUCGACGGCUCGUCGACGGUGCACUCUGGCAGCGACUUGUAUCUUGACGUCGUCGACAGACGCUUUCCAUGGCACUGGGCAAUGCGCGUCGGCGACGACGACGCGUGCCUUGCGUGGGGAGAGUUUUUCAAGGCGGAGCUCGUGGCGCUGGAUGCGUCCAACGAAUUGUCGGUCGCGUGCGCAGUCCGAUACGACCGUCCCAUCGUUGUCAAGUGGUUGCUGGACCAAGCGAUGGAUCACGGUGCACGUCGUGUUGACGCCGACUGCACUACCUUGGCCACGGUCAUCGGGCGCCUCGACCUCUUGCAGUACCUCCAUGCUGCGUUCCCGACUGCUGUGCAAGAGGUCGUCCGUUUUCACUUUGCGAUACGAUCAGCAUCGGUGCCGAUGCUGCGCUUUGUGUAUGACCACGUUGGUGCACGUCCUAGCCAAGCCGACCUGCUCAAGGACGCCUACAGUCAUAACGUCGACAUUCUCGAUGUCGUUCUAUCGAUGCUCGAUCCUGCAGACGCGUCUACCUUGGUGCAACUCACCCUCCGGACGCAGCAGGGGUCACCAGCGAUGCAGCUCCUCUUUGAUCGCAGCCGUCGCCUCGGCCUCAAUGUCGCGUACAGUGCUGCCCAAGCGACGACGGAUGGUUCGAUAUCCCGUGAUGCCUUUCAACCACCAACGCCAAGUCGCCUCCGACCCGACACCGAGGCGAUCUUGCAUCUGGCUGACGACCGCGAGCGCUGGAACAAUGCGCUGCAGCUGGACAUUAAUGACUUCGGUCACAUUGCCUAG